GUGCGCAGAACGGUACUGCAGCAACGCAAGUGACGUUUGGCAAAUUUGAAACAGGCAAGUCUGAACAUAUAUCUUAUGCGUGGUCCCUAUGAUCAUACGCAGAGGAAUAUCCUGAAUGCGCGCAGCCACGACAUGGUGAUUGCCUGUUUCAUAUGAACCCGACCUGCAACCAGCCGACAGACGUAACGUGACAGUUAGUUGUGUGUUUUAAAUUUACAGAGCUCGCGAUGGGUUUGCAUUGUUGACAUUGUACCUGUCAAGUGGAAUCAAGUACUGGUUGUUAACAAAAAUGUUGGUAUCCACGGCGGCUCCGGAGGAUGAGUUAGCAUCAGCAGCGGCGACUGGAAACACUGAGCGCGUGGGAAUUUUACUGCAAGAUGGAGUUGAUGUCAACGCAGUAAAUUGCUUUGGACGAACACCUCUGCAGGUGAUGAUGAUGGGUAGCACUGCAGUGGCUCAUUUACUGCUCAGACACGGAGCAAAUCCCAACGUUUCUGACUGCCACACCGGCGCUACUCCGCUCCAUGAUGCUGCAAGAGAGGGCUUUCUGGAGACGGUGGAGAUCCUAAUCCAGUUCCACGCCGACAAAAAUGCCACGGACAAUAGAAACUACCGACCUAUUGAUGUAGCUCGAGAGAACGGACACCUGGAGGUUGUGUCUUAUCUGGAAUCUUUGUAAAUACAGCACAGUGUAAUACGUUUUUUGACUGGCAUAAAUGACGUUUGUCUGCAGGCUGUUUUAAUUUAUAGUUAAGUAAUGUAUAGAGUGUUAGAGCUAAAAAGAUUUUUUGUUGUAGUCUGUGAAACAGACAUUUAUUUAUUCGUUGCAAUGUGAAGGUUAGUUUAGUUACAUGUUUUCUAAUUUAAUCAACGGUUUUAUUAGCUCACAGAGCCACGGACGAAGUGGAAGAUUUAUCAUGGCAUGGGCAAUAUUUAAAUACUGACAGAGUGUUGAUUUGUCUUCCAUUUGAUUAGCACGCAAUGAAUACACGCAAUCAUAAAAAAAAUCAGUAUCACAGCUGAGGCAUAGAGAA